AUGAAGUUGUUACUUGUCUUUGUGUUGCUUUUAAACUAUUUACAAGCAGAACAAGUGUGGCUUGUUAAAUUUCCUUAUAAACACAAUUAUUUAUCGCGUAUUGAAGAAAUAUUUCCAUUAAUUGAUCUAAUUGAAUAUGACUAUUAUCAGUCAUCAUAUAUUUUUCUCAUACCAAGAAAUUAUGCAUCAAAUUUUACUCACUUUAUACAUCAAUCAAAAGGUUCCUAUCGAAUUAUUGUCGAUAACACAAAAGAUCUAUUGAAAAAAUCUCGUCAACAAUCAAAACGAUCGAUUGCAUCCGAUAAUCCAUUGGAUAAAACUUAUUAUCAACGUUUUCUUUCGUAUGAUGAACAACAAGAUUGGUCUCGUUUACUUUCCAAUUCUUCAUUAACAAACAAAUCUAUUCGUCUACAUACAAUCGGUCAAACAUAUGAAAAUCGUUCGCUUACAGUUAUUGAAAUUCAUUCAAAAUCUCAUCCUCGAUAUAGAAAAGGGCGACGUCGUAAAAAUGCUGUUUUUAUUGAUGGCGGUAUGCAUGCACGAGAAUGGUUAUCUAUUGGUGUAGCAAACUAUGUUAUCGUACAAUUUCUUAAAUUAAAAGGAAAAGAUCCUAAAGUUAAAAAAAUUUUACAUUAUUUUGAUGUUUUCAUUUUAUCGAUGAUGAAUCCUGAUGGUUAUGAAUAUUCAAGAAAUGAAAAUCGUCUUUGGAGAAAAAAUCGUGCACCAACUAUUGUAUCGGACUAUUGGAGUAUUGAUGCAUCAUGUUUUGGAGUUGAUCUCAAUCGAAAUUUUCCUUUUCAAUGGAAUAAUACAUUUGGUGCUUCACCUUUUCCAUGUUCACAUUCAUUUAGCGGGCUAAAGCCAUUAUCAGAAAAUGAAGUUCAAAGUGUUGUGAAUUUUCUUCGAAACAAGACAUAUACUCGUCAUCAAUUUUAUGCAUAUUUUAAUUUACAUGCUUAUGGAAGAUUUUGGUUGUUACCUUGGACUUAUACAACAUUGGAAAGAGUAAAAAAUUAUGAUGAUUUAUUGAAGAGAAGUAAUAAUGUGGCAUCAACUGUUCUGAAUGGUACAUAUAAAGUUGGACAAGCAUCAUCUAUAUUGUAUUCAUGUAGUGGAACAAGUAUUGAUUUUGCUGCGACAUUAAUGCCACAUGCAAUGACAUUAGAACUAUCACCUAUGUAUCGUGGCUUACCUUUGUGCUACGAUGGAAAUUUAAGGAAAGAUCAGAAUUGUACUAUUGGUUUUAUGUCUGGUCCGGAAGAAAUUGAAAUAGAUGGAAUCGAAGUUUUUAAUGCUAUCGUUGAAUAUUUAUAUUCUAUUAUACAAGAUAACUUUGUUUGA